AUGUUAUUAUGUGCCUGGUGGGACGAGAGGUCUUGUGCGAGCUACCCGGGUGCCCACGUUGAAGAGGCACCAGCAGUCGCCAUUCCAGAAGUGCCAGUAGAGGUAGCUUCUGCCCCGGUAGUAGCAGCUCCAGUUGUGGCACCUGCACCCGUUGUAGAACUUUCCUCAUAUGUUGCUCCAGCUCCAGUAGUCGAGCCAGCUCCAGUCGUGGCACCAGCACCCAUCGUAGCGCCAGCACCCGUCGUAGCGCCAGCACCGGUCGUAGCGCCAGCACCAGCCGUAGCGCCAGCACCCGUCGUAGCGCCAGCACCCGUCGUAGUGUCCGCACCAGUGGUGGCACCAGCACCAGUCGUGGCACCAGCACCCGUCGUAGCGCCACCACCAGUAGUGGCGCCAGCACCAGUUGUGGUGCCAGCACCCGUUCCAGCAUUACCUUAUGCAAUGUACGCUCACUAUCACCAUCCUCGCACUGAAGUCCGCAAUAUUGCUCGGUCCUACAAGAAAGAGACUGGUCACACUUCCGACACUGCUAUGGUCUAUGGAGAUGGACAUUUCCCUCUAGAAUUCCUAUCACACGAUCAUGGUUUCCUUCCACAUACCCAUGGCUUACUUCCACACGCUCAUGGUUUCGAUGACGCUUUCUUCCAAGCACCACUGCGAGGUCGUAUGAACCGACGAAAGCUCGCCUCCAAGAAAGCAGCAAGUGUUCGUAAAACUUUUGAAAAGAGCAAGAAUUAA